AAUUAGUGAACAGUCUGGGACCGUAAGACGUUCACUCAAUAUAUAAUUCAAGUAUGACAUUUUAAGUUAUUUCCGUAUCUUUUCUUCAGUUGGCAAUUUGUAUAACUGAAAACCAAGAUGGCGAAGGCCACCAUGAAGGCGGUCAAGUGUCCGACAGAUGACCUGUCCUACACCAAUAGGGUCAUUGUCAGUGACAAGGACUUCGAUGAGAAAACUGGCAGCCAUGUUAAAAUCUACACCUCACCGAGCAGGUCAUUUGUGUUUACCAUCAAGGCUAUCCCUCGUAUGACCCAAGGCACAAUGGGCUUCAAUCUACCACAGAGGAAAUGGGCUUUAAUAUCACUAAAUCAAGAGCUGACGUUCAAAUCAGUCACGUUCAACCCACGCACAGAGAGUAUAGGGACCAUCACCCUGGAGGUGGACUUUCUACAACAGAGAAUGGCCAAUUCUGACCCUUACGAUACCGAGAAGAUGGCACAGGAGUUUCUCAUGCAGUUUGCCACUCAAGCAUUCACUGUUGACCAGUUCCUGGCUUUUAACUUUGCUGAAAAAAAGAUGUUGGGGGUUGUUAUAAAAGAGGUCGAAGCCAGUGAUUUCACCCAAAUGAAAGAUGGAGCUCCUACAUUGAAAAAGUCCAAUAUGGGUGUGCUGACACCUAACACAAUAGUCCUGUUUGAAAAGGCUGAGAACUCUACCCUCCACCUGACCGGCAAAGCCAAAACAAAACAAGCCCACACAUCCAUUAUCAAUCCUGACUGGAACUUCCAGAAGAUGGGCAUCGGUGGUCUGGACAAUGAAUUCUCUGCCAUCUUCAGGCGAGCGUUCGCAUCAAGAGUGUUCCCUCCGGAAGUCAUAGAACAACUAGGAAUGAAGCAUGUCAAAGGUAUCCUGUUGUUUGGUCCUCCAGGGAACGGCAAAACACUGAUGGCAAGGCAAAUAGGAAAUAUGUUGAAUGCCCGAGAACCCAAAAUUGUCAACGGCCCCCAGAUCCUCGACAAGUAUGUCGGAGAGUCUGAAGCCAAGAUCAGAAACUUGUUCAAGGAUGCAGAGGAAGAAGAGAAGCGGUGUGGACUACAUAGUGGAUUACACAUCAUCAUCUUUGAUGAAAUCGACUCCAUCUGUAAAUCCAGAGGAUCUGUGGCUGGAAACACAGGCGUCCAUGAUACCGUAGUCAACCAGCUGCUGGCCAAGAUUGAUGGCGUGGAACAACUCAAUAACAUCCUGGUCAUCGGAAUGACCAACCGGAAGGACAUGAUAGACGAGGCUUUACUCCGACCGGGCCGACUGGAGGUACAGAUGGAGAUAGGUCUACCUGAUGAGAAGGGCCGUUUGCAGAUAUUACAGAUACACACGACUACAAUGAGGGAGAACAACAAACUAGCUCCCGAUGUCAACAUUGCUGAGCUGGCUGUCCUCACGAAAAACUUCAGUGGAGCAGAGAUAGAAGGACUGGUCAGGUCGGCACAGUCUACAGCCAUGAACAGACUCAUCAAGGCCACCUCCAAGGUUGAAGUAGACUCAGAGGCCAUGGACAAACUGUGUGUCACAAAGCUGGACUUUAUACAUGCCCUUGAGAAUGAUAUUAAACCGGCAUUUGGUAGCAGUAAGAACGAGUUUGAGAAGUAUCUGUCCAACGGAAUCAUCAACUGGGGAGACCCAGUCAGUCGAGUGAUGGAGGACGGAAACCUGUUAAUCGCCCAGGCCAAGGCCAGCCAAACAACGCCAUUAGUCACAGUUCUUCUAGAGGGUCCCCCUGGUAGUGGGAAGACGUCAUUAGCUGCUACCAUCGCUAAAACGGCUGACUUUCCAUUCAUCAAGAUAUGCUCACCUGAAAAUAUGAUUGGUUUUACUGAAACAGCAAAAUGUCAGGCCAUCAAAAAGAUAUUUGAUGAUGCCUACAAAUCGCCACUAAGCUGUGUCAUUAUUGAUGACAUAGAGAGAUUGUUGGAUUAUGUGCCCAUCGGUCCCAGGUUUUCUAACCUAGUACUGCAGGCACUACUAGUGUUACUGAAGAUACCGCCACCUCACGGUCGUAAGUUGCUGGUGAUCGGGACAACGAGUCGUAAGGACGUCCUGAAGGAGAUGGAGAUGGCUAGUACCUUCUCUGCAAUCGUACAUGUGUCGAAUAUCUCCACUGCUGACCACCUCAUGUGUGUCCUGGACAACACAGAACUCUUCAACAAGGAGGAGAUGCAGACCUUACAGCGCAAGACCGCAGGCAAGAAGUUAUGGAUUGGCAUCAAGAAGCUGUUAGUACUUAUGGAAAUGGCUAGACAGAUUGAAGAUUCUCAUCGUAUUUUGAAGUUCCUGUGUUUACUAGAGGAGGAAGCUAUGCUGGACAUGUAAACACGAGACGUAGAGAACAUAUAUCAACGUCAGAUUAAUCUAUUUAAUUUAUUGAUUUGUAAUUCAAUGAAAUGUCAUGAAAUGAUGCUUUCCUAAAACCUGUACAUGCUGAGUGUUUACGUUUCAGAUAUAAGAGGAUUAUUUUGAUUCUCACAUUUAUCACUAGAAUGAAAUAAAACUAGAGGAGUUGAGAUGAUAUGUUUUGACGACAGUGUAAAUUUUAUAUCUGAACAAAUAUUUAGACCACAAUGGUACAUGUAGGAAGUAAAGCAUUUCCAAGUUGUGUGGAUUAUAGAAUUCUGGUGACAUAUUGACCGUAUGAUAUAGAUUUUGUGCACCACUCCUACCUGUACAGUGAAGGACAACCUUUUAUGACAGCACUAAGGCUAAGGGACAUAACUAGGGUUCACAUCAGUAAAUCUUGAAAAGUAAGGGGUUGUGGUGGCCAAGUCGUUCAGGCGUCUGACCAUCUACGAUCACUAGCCCUCCAUCACUGGGUCACAAUUUUGAGGCCUACCUGGGACUGUCUCCAGGUACUGGCCGUUGGUCAGUGGUUUUCUCCGGGAACUCCGGCUUUCCUCCACCACCAAAGCCUGGCACGUCCUUAACUGACUCUAGCUGUUAAUAAGGCACAAACCAUACUAAACUUGAGGUUAGAUUAAGUUGAGUUUUUGAAAUCAGAAUUGUCCAAUUUUCUUGAUCUUGUUUUGUUUGAUGUUUUAUGAUGCUCCAUGUAGACCAUACUAUUUUAAUUGUGUCAUAUCAUCCUUACUUAUAAUGAUAGAAUUAUACUAAUUUAUCUGGGGUUGUAUGUCAAAAUAAUCUCAACAGUACUACUUAACAACAGUGGUACACAUACACGAAAGAAAUGUUAUUCUGACAUGACAGCUCUACUUUCAAUACAUGGGAUUUCGUUUAUAUACAUUGUGGUCUUGAUCAUACUUGUUUUGGUUUAGUUAUUUGUGAUCUGACAGGAUAAAUGUUUAGCUCUUAAUGGAAAAUGCAAAUGUCUCUAAAUCUUUUCUGUUAGACAAUCCAAAGUAAGAAUUAGUCAAACAGUUGAUCUCCAAUAUUAAUUUGUUGCUUAUUUUUCUAAAAACAAUUUUAACAUGAUGUGUUGAAGCUUGUGUAGUCAGACUUUGAUGUGGUAUUAUACCCUAGUACAACUGUAUUCUGACACUGUUUGUAUGUAAUAAAGUUACUUAGAGAUGGAUGCUGUUAAACCUGCAUGUUAAAAUAUGACAUUUUUAAAAUAGAUUUCAACAAAAUUGUUCAUCAGUAGAAGUCACAUAUUUAGACAAAAAGCCUUAAAGGAAUUUUCAGCUUUGAUUGAGAAAUUCAAUUCAUCAAGAAAAAAAAAAAAUGUUGGAAACAGCUUAAUUAUUACAACUUUUCAAAAUAGAUUGUAAUGUUUUGUGGACCAAACUUGUAUGCAGUACAUAACAGGACUAUAGGACACUCUCACUGUGACCUAAGCUUGCUCAGUUGGUUUGAAUGUCUUUCUAGAGUUCAGAGGUCCCAGCGUUGCAUUUUUCUACUCCUAUCAACAUUAUGUAUUAGCAGUGACCAGGUUAGUUGGUUGGAGCGUCUAUUUAGAGUUUAUAGACUGGAUACCCACUACCUGUGGUAUAUAUACAUGUAUCCUAGUCAGGGUAUACAUUUUUUCCCACAUCUUUGACUUUAACAUGUUCUGUUUUUGUUAUUUUUUGAGAUUGUUGAUGGAAGUGCUGUUAAUCUGAGUGAUAACAUUUAUUUAUGAUUCCAACAUUACAAUAUAUAUACAUUCGUGUUAUAGACACCCAACAUUAAUAUAGAUAUAUGUCAUUUAGGAUAUAUAUGUGUACGUUAUCAUGUCUUAUCAUAAAAUGUGACAAAUGUCUAUUGAUAUCGGUGUAAUUAGCUAAAACCUGAAAAGUUGGAAGUAAAUUAUAAUCUUGUACAGUAGAUAGAAGUGUAUAUAGAGAUGUUGUGUCGUCAUUUAUAGAAGAGAUUGUGCUAGUACCUGUAUAUCUAUCCUCGCGAAGCAGGGGUUCUGCCCUUGGUUUAUGUAUAUUAUCUGCACCCUUGAAUAUGUCAUGACAAAAUAAAAGGCUUGUUAUCCCAAAUUUUGCAAAUGACACACAUAGACUAGGGGCCUGUUCGUUUAUGCGGAACAACAGGUUUGUCUGUUUUUAAAUUUAACAUUUUCCGGAAAAUGCAGGACUUGCAAGGCUUUGUCAAGGCUCACUUGAAAACAGCAUCAGAUUACUAGGUUCAACCUUAUUUCACAAAAGAACAACUCUGGUCCAACUGGUCCGGAUCCAGAUAAACAAAAGCAGCCUAGUUUUUUUUGGAGAUCAAGGAAAUGUACGGCAGCGAAACAAUAAAAUCUAGAGGCUUUGAAGUUUGAUUAAGCUCCUCUGUAAUCUUCGAAGAACAGGUACAAGCCUAGUGAUUGGGCAGGUUUUUAACUGGAAACCAUUCAAAUAGAUUACUGUGAGCCUUAAAUUUUGUCAUGACAUAUUUCAGGGGUACAGAAAAGAUGUUUGUAUUGAGAGUUGAUCCAUUAGACUUUGAGGUUGCUAUAUACCAUUACAUUUACUAGAUUAAAUUGUGAAUGACGGGAUUCAUGAGUUUCCAUGUUGUACGGUUUGUGACGAAAUUUGCACUUAGGUAUUCCAGUUUUCAUAAGGAAAAUAGUUGCUUUCAAAUAACAUACAUAAUGUUUUACCAUAAAGAGGCGACAACUCCUGUUGUAACAAAGUAGAAAUUAUAUGCAAAAAUAGUAUCAACAGCAUAGGGGCAAAAUAGAUGUGACAAGUCAUAUUAACAAUUUAUAGUACAUAGGUGUGUCUGGCCCCUGUGUUAAAGGCACAGUACUAUAUAUAUAACUAUUCAAACUGGUAUGCUGAGAGGUCAAAGUUAUUGUCAAUUAACAGUGGCAUGCUUAGAGGUCAAGGUCAAAAGUUUGUUGUUUCUCCAGGAGGUAGACUUUGUUUAUUAGGGAUUAUCUGUCUAUAGUUUACCUCUAUUAACCAAUUGAUGUGUGGUGUUUGUUGGUCAUCUAAGAGGCUAGUUCAGUGAUUAGAUAGUUUAUACUGGAAGUGCUAUGAAUAGAAGGUGCAAUCCUAGGUUGAGUGAGAAUAAAGGCGUUUGAAUGUUUAGUGGAACUUUUAACAAAAUGUAAGAAAGUUAUUUAUUGUAAGUUGUUAAUUACAGCAUACUGACCAUUAUUGUACGUCAUUAAUGUUAUCCAGAUUCAGACUUUGAAUUGCAACAGUUGGAAUAUUUGUCUGAAGUUCACCUAAAAGAAAAGAUUCUAAGACAUUUUUUAACAGGGGCUGUUGGCAUUAGUCCAAAGUAGAGAUUUGUGUUUAAUGGACCAAAUAUUUGUCACUGAAGUGUAAACAGAAUACUCAAAAUGUUCAAAUUUAUUGUCAUUAAACAUUAUCCUUCACAGGUCUAGAUGUGUUAUGUUUAUGAAUCCAUACAAUCUUUUGUUCACGUAAAUAAGUUGUAAAUUCAUACCUUUCAAUUGAUAGUCAAACUGUUUUCCCUUAAAAUUUUGGACCAACCUGGGAAGCAGUAAAAACUGUUUUCCCUUAAAAGUUUGGACCAACCUGGGAAGCUAUAUACCGGGCUUUAGUCUCUACACCUAGGGAAAUAGUUUUGACUAUUUACUGAAAUAGUCAGAAUGAAAAGUAUAAUAUUAUGUUCGUGCUUCUUAUUUUGGUCUUUCCGACACUACUCUGUGAUGAUGGAGGGAGCUAGAGAGUGCGUUAUAUAGUCCUGUAGUGAGGAUCAGAAUAAAAUGUCAUAAAGGUCAAA